AUGUUGCGCAAGCUAUAUGUUGAAGAAGAGGAGGAAGAAGAUUUCGGUCCCAUCUACGACACCGAUGGUGAAGGGGAAUUUUGUGAAAGAAUAAAUUUCUUGUUUGAAGAGGAAUUUAUUGAAAAAUUCACUUUCAUGGUUGGAGAUGAAAUUAUUGAAGACUCUAGCCCUAUCUACGAUAUUUAUGGGGAAGAGGAUCAUGAAGAAAUUGAAGAAGAAAUAAAUUUUGUGCUUGGAAACGAAAUUGAUGAAAAGUUUUUGAAAGAAAAAGAUUUUGUUGUUACAAACAAAAUUGUUGAAGAAAAGGUUGAAGAAUUCAAAGAGGUGGAGCAAGUUCUUGACCACGAAGAUGUGGUUGUGGUUAAGAAGGAUGAUGAUACUCGUCUUAUAACAAACCGUCUUUCUAAGAACCUAGAAGAAGGAGUGACCCAUCAAGUUCCAAGUUCCAAGCAAUUACGAGGGAGGGAGUUUAUAAUGCUUGGAUUCCUAUUCUUGUGGUGUACCUUUAGUUGGGAAGCCAUGUUAUUGGAACAUGUUGUUCAUCAACCCACAAGUACAAACCAUGAUCUAAUAUUUCAUAUGGCCAUUGUUAAUCCUUUAAAUUAUUUCAAGAAUAAUUUACUAGGUCCUAAUCUUGUUCAUGGGAGUGUACGAAAGUGGUUUUUGAUCCACAAAUGGAAGACACGGUUAGGAUUUCAUUUGGCGAGUUCUUUUAGCUAUUUGAAGAACAUGUGUAUGUGGAGAAAAGACCAAGUUGAAAUAAAGAAAAGGUCACAUUAUGCAAUAAAAUUUUGUUUUCAAGACUUGCUGUCAGGGAAGGUUCGUAUAGGGGAACAACACAAUUUCGUUCUUACUGAAUUGAGGACAAUUCCUUUCGAAGAAGGAGGGAAUGAUACAUGUGUGGACAAAUCAUUAAUGAUGUGUGCUUUAAUAAGGAUGACCCAACCCUUAUCUUUUCUAAAGUUCCAUGAUUUGGUGGCAAGAAAGGCUUCAUGA